CCGGGGUUGCCAUGGCGCUGCCCCCCCUCGGCCCUCCCUCGGCUGCCGCUGUGUGUGUUUACAUCGGGCGGAAGGAGCCGGGGCAUCAGCGCCGGGGGAGACGGGGAAGGAGCCGGCGACGACGGCCGCCCGCCCUCCAUCCCCAGCGGACGGUGCGCGGGGAGACGCGGCAUGAAGGGACCUAGCUUAGAAACACAGAUGGUGGAAGAUGAAACUGAGACAACAAGUGAAGAACUGCCCCCUCAUCUGCGGGAAGAGCCUCCUGAAGAUGCCAGCAAGGACCACCCGCAGCCGCAGGCAGGGGUGAUCUGGAGAGUGACGGGCGGCCUGUUCAGUAUCACCCGGGGAGCCGUGGGCGCCACGCUGGGAGGAGUUGCCUGGGUGGGCAGCAAGAGUCUGGAGCUCACCAAAACAGCUGUGACCAGCGUCCCUGCUGCUGGCGUUGGACUAGUGAAGGGCAGCGUCUCGGCGGUGACUGGCGGCGUCGGAGCCGUGGGCAGCGCCGUCGCCAGCAAAGUCCCUUUCACCGCAAAGAAGAAGGACAAAGCUGACUAAUCCCCAUAGCAGCUCCCUUCCUAAAGAUCCGAAAGAUCAACCUGCCCAUACUCUCCCCCUGCACAGCACCUCUUUGAGUUGGAACCAGCCGCUUCAGGGAGGGUAAAGCACCCGAGCAGACUCCGGCCGCGGCCUGCUCAGCUCUGCCUGUCUGUCUCAGAGCUCUCAGAGCCGCUGUCAGCGCCUUUCACCCCCAUCACCUACUGGGAACCAUCUCUGCUCCCAGGGCUUUAAAGGCACGGUUGUCUCUGUCUCGCAGUUUCCUUCCUCCCUUCUUCCUCUGUGUAAGCACGGAGGGCUGGGAGAGGGUGUUGGGCUCCAUCUGCCUGAAGGUGGAGGGACAAGGGGGCAGGGGGAAGAAUUAUGCCUGGCUUGAAGUGUGGGUUAGGUAUUGAAUUCAGCUUCAGCAGGGAAGACAGCCUCUGAAACACCCUUUCCCUUUGCUCUGGGAGGUGUGCCUGGGGUGCCUGCCUGCAGGAAAAGAGUAGAAGUCCCACUGACACAAAGGAGAGAUACUGUGAAAAGGGGGAAGCCUCCCGCCUGCCCUGUACCUCUUACCUUUUCAUUGUAGGACCCAUCCCACAAGCUACUCCCAGUCACUCACUCCCUGGCUGAAUUGCACCCUUCAGGGAAGGAACCCUUGAGCUGAACAGAGCAGCUCAGGGAUGACGCCACACAAGAGUAUCCUAUGUCCUGGGUCACCAACUUCUGUGCAGAUUUUCUGGGGGAGAGGUGGGAGGAUGAAACCUGCUGAGUGUUCUCACUCAGGGAAAGAGCUGACAGUGGCAUCUGCCAGGCCUCUGUGAUAUUAGAGCACAGGUAGUGAUGCUCCACUGGUGCGAGGGGAGAGGUGCCCUCGCCACGGAGACACAAACCAGGCCCUUGGGUUUGACCCCUGAAGUCCUUGCAGUAUCCCACUCUGCAACGGGCAUUUUGGCUCUAGGCCACGCUCUCACUCCACAGACGUCACUGGUAAUCUGAGCAAGCGUGUUCCCAAAUGCCAUCCGAGUUCUGCUCCAGAGAGGGAGAGGAGGCUGAGAGCCUUGCUCUCCCCUGACUCAGCACCCCCGUAGUGGUGGCCUGGCUGGGAGCGGGAUGCGCUGCUUCAGAGGAUACUUCCCCGAGGGGCUGAGCAUGCUGCAGCGGCUGCGACCCUGUGCAGGGCACCAGCAACUCCUCCACGUGCUGCUCCUGAGGCUCCAGCCCCGCUCCUCUAAACAACUGUGUUGCACUAAAUAUCCCACCCAAACUCUCAGUGCCGCAGAAACCCAGACACCUGCAUCCAUCUGGGAGUCAUUGCCAUCCUCAGCCUGGCCUGUGACGCUCGAGGGGUUGCGAGACGUCGUGCACACACACACAUAUACACACACACAUGCACACACUCACACUCCAAGGUCUCCUGCAAUUCUCGGGAUGAGGAAAGCCACAGGUUCCAACAUUAACUCUGCCUUCCCUGGCUCUGGCAGGUUAUUAGCCUAGGUUGUUAGCUGUUGGAUGCGUAGGCAAGUGAAGCAGUGUUCGUGGUGUAUUUUAUAGAUAUGCAUAUGUGUUAGCGUCUGUGUAUGUAUCAGCCCACAGGCAUGUUUUCAGCCAGGUAAGCACAACUGUGCCACUGCCGCGGAGGAGUUUACACAAUCAUCUUUGGCACUUCCAGCGCAUCGGUUUUAUAUAGGGUCCUGGUCAAAAUAAUCAUGUUUUAGAGGAAGGUUUCCCCUCUGUUGCCCAACAGCUUAGUUUACUGAAACCAAAGGAAUGUGAAAAAUCUCCUUUCUCCUGUCUAUGCCAUUUGUUUACUUUCUGCCCUGUCUUUGGACACUGAAGCCAACUUCCUUGAUUUUCAUUUCCUGUUUGAGGUCAUUGCAUUUCCUGACUGCUCUGUUACACGUAGGACUCAAACAUCAGGGAGUAUUUAAGUAUAACCCCUCCACCCCCAUUUUGACUGAUUGUUCUUGGGCUUGUGAAACAGUUUUGAUUCUGACCUUUAUUAAAUCCACAUUUGGGGCCUGACUUAAGUCGCCGUGUCCCUGUGUUAGUCCUGCAGGUGUUAGUCUCUCUCCAUGCCCCUUGCUGGGUAGUGGCCCUGCCGUUUGCAGUGGCAAGAGGUUGCUGAUCUCCACAGUAUGUUACUCUUGAUAGCAUGAGAGUGGUUUAACCUACGUCUUUGUUUCUGAAGAGGAAACAGCAUUCAGUAUGAGUAUGCAUUUCCUCUCUUUGUCUCUUUUGUUCUUGUGAAGGCCAAGUUGACCCAGAUGUGUUGGUUCUGUCUCUGAAGGCAGCAGCUUCACAGGAAGAUCAGGUCUUGAUGUGUGCCUGCACUUUGCUGGGAUGCUUGUGGCAGUUAGAAAGGCCAGAAGAAACCUUGUCUGUUCUUCCUUUGUACCGAGUGCCCUACAAAGCAGGAGGGCAGUUUGCACUGCAUGGAUCUCUGCUCACCGCUCUCCCUCAGCACAUCUCAUUUCUCAUGCCAGAUCACAGACUGCUUCUGAAUCCACCUCUAGCCCCAGAGCUAAAAGCAGCUUGUGCAUAACUACCUGUGCUGUCACCAGCCCUCUUAGAAAGAUGGUUUCUCACCAGCUGGGACAGAAUACAAUCUUCUUCCAAACUGCCUCUCUGAGGCUUUAGGCAGGAGAAGACUGUGUAAGGACUUUACUUCUCCAGCUGCCCCUGGGCAGGUGAAGGGAAGCUCACGAUGCUCUGGCUAACCAGCAUCUCACACAGGCUCCUGCUGCCAGGAGGGAGAGAAUAGAGCCUUCCCAGGCCGUUGUCUGCAGGCAUGGAAAGUAUGAUAGAAGUGCAUUAAGGAGGGUCUAAGGGUUUCCCAUCUUUUCAGUUCUGCUCUUCAGUGCACCUUGCAGUAAAUGCCUUAAGGCUCCCCGUUUGUCCAGAGCUGCCAUUUCCUCACGGGGUGGCCUGGAGAAGGGGAGGAGAGGUGUGAAGGGAACUGUUCUUUGAGCCCAGCUAAUGGAGAAGCCAUGGACCACCAACAGCUGAAAAAAGGAAAACUAGCAGGCAGGGAUAGAAGAUCAAACCUUCCCAAAAACCAGGGCCUCGUACUGCUUAAUGAGCAUACAGGAAUACAUAAAUACACGGGGCUCAAAGGAAGGCUUCUGGAAGGUGUGUCCCUGUUGGCACGCUAGGCCUGCAUGAUUGAGCCUGGUGACCCGGCCCCAGGCCGCUCUUCUGGGCACUGUCUGUGCCAGAGCAGAAAGAAUAACAGGGCUGGUGGCACCAGUCUAACCACAAAGAUGCUUCCUGGCAGCUUUGGGUGCAUGAUAUUGGGAUCUGGACAGGAGGCGGAGGCCACUGCUUGCUGAUGGAAACCACUCCUUUCCUCCUCCCCCACCACAGAGAGCAGCCAGGCCACGGGUGCAGGCCUUCCCCACAGCCCCUUCAUCGCAGAGGGCUAAAAACCGUAUUUUGCAUAAAUCCCACUGAUGGGGGGCUUGGUGCAAAAGGAGGGGGGCAGCUCGAAGGUGGACAGAGGGAUGAAGGGAGCUCGUGCAAGGGAGAUGGCCGGUGUGACAGGAGGAGGGGAGGGGAGAGGAAGAGUCAGGGAGCAAGAAAAGGAGGAGCAAGGAGGGAAUUUGUUUCUUAGGACAGGCUCUGAAUCAGAGGAUGAGCGUGAGGGAGUUGGCCCUAGGGAAGAGCACGGAAGGGAAGUGGAAGAACAUGGGUUUUGGGGUGUGGUGUGGUUCCACUCCUGACCAGAGCCCUGCUUCCACAGCACUGAUGAUUACUAAGUGUUUCCAUUUAGCUAGGUCAAUAUGCCCAACGGCUGCGUGGUCCAAAUGCCAGAUCAGCCCCUCCAUUACCUUCCACCUUUCAAGCUCUCCCCCAGGCUUUUGCCAUGAUCCCCCCAUGGUGGGGCUAGGGUGGGUCCUACACACAGUUCUGUGUCCACCACAGCUGGGCAUUCCCCAAGGGAAGCCUGUGGGCGCUUCCUUUCCUCCCUUUUCCCUUUGCUUAUCCCAUUAUUGUUCUCUUUUUUUCCCCUCCCUUAGCUUUUUUUCUUGCCCCUGGAUAGAGCUCUCCAGAAUCCCGCCUGAGCCCUCCGUUAAACAUCUGUGCUCAUGCUGGCUGGGAGGGCAGAGAGGGUGACUGUUCCCGCAGCUCCCCUGGCUGGGAGAGGAGUGCACGUCUUCCACCCCUCUCUGUCCGCUUGUGUUCGUGUCUGGAAAAUCUUACCCCGUUUCUUUCCCUCUGGGUUCCCUUGUUGGCUCUUGUUCCUGUGGGUGGGUCAUCCCUGUGUCUCCAAUGCAAAGUAAUCCUGGUAAAAAUAACAGCAUGAGCAUAAGCGUGGAGAUGGACAGAGAGAGCCGCAGGGCUGCCGGGACAGAUGCACGGGGCUCGUCUCUGCUUCCCCAGGAGCCAAGGAGCCCUGUGCAAGCCUGGGACCAUCACUGCGGCCACACAGUCCCGUGCAUGGCACUGGGCUCCAGAGGACACUUUGGUUCUUUAUCAUUUCAUUGUCUGUAAUUGGUUUCCUACUGAAUUUGUUUGCUUGGUUUGUUUUGCAGUGUGUUUCUGGGAAUAUUCUGCAUCUCUGUAUUUUAAUUACAGUAAAAUUUGAGGAUAAAAA